GGCUUCCUUUUCAAGAUGGCGGCGCCCUGCGGUCGGAGCAGUCGGUGGCUGUGGGCCACGGUGGUGCCGGCCGCCGUGCUAUGCUUAGCGGUCCGGGCCGCGGAGGAGGCAAGCACAGCUGAUUUCGACGUGAGGCCCGGCGGAGAGGCUCACUCUUUCUCCCGGAGCCUGGGAGAUUACACCUGCACUUUCACGUACUCUGCUCAGGGAGGAACAAAUGAGCAAUGGCAGAUGAACAUUGGAGUCAGUGAAGACAACCUGCUCUUCUCCUGCUCUGUCUGGAGGCCCCAAGGGAAGUCUUACCUCUUCUUCACCCAGUUUAAAUCAGAAGUGAAAGGAGCCAAGAUAGAAUACGCCAUGGCUUAUUCUCAAGCUGCAGUGGGUGCACAGAGUGACAUCCCCUUAAAACAGGAAGAAUUCGAAAUCACUGAAACGACAGUGUCUCACAGGGAAGGCAAGUUCCGCUUUGAACUGUCGAAACUCGUGAUUGUAGCAAAAACUCCCCAUGAUGAGCUGUGACUCUGAAGAUGCUGUUGGGCAGUGUUUUGGCCAGGAGACCAUGGCAGACAAUGGAGUUUACUUAUUAUUGGCAGUUAUUUCAGUUGGCCAAACCUUUCAUGUUUUCCAUAUUGAGGUGCGCUAGGGUCCAAGACAAGUGGGGGGCGUUGAGGUGUUGAGAAAAAUGCGUUCUGUCUUGUGUCAGAGUAACAGUGUGCUUUGCAGCUGGAAACAUCCUCUGAAAAUCCUGAUCUAGAGCCAGCCAUUCUGCUGCCUGCUUUCUACUUCAGUGAUCUGCUGAAUAUGGUAAAGCAGCCCUCUAAAACAGCACUUUAUCUUCCUUGCUAGGAGGAGCAAUGCAGCAGCUGGAUUUAAGCAAGAUCUCCUAAAUGAAAGUUGUUAACCCUGGAGUCUCUGGAAGGUGGUAACAGGGUUUCUUUCUCUGGAAGCUUUACAGAAGAAACAAAUUAAAUUGGGUAGAAGGGGGAAGGAAGGGAUAGGGUUGGUCAAAGCCAAUUGACUUCUUAUGUGCUACUGUGGAAAACCAUCACUGGCUUAAUUGGAGAGGAUGUUCUGUUCCUGUCCUAGUACAGAUUGCAGAUUGGGAUAACUUGGCAUGGGGAAGGCAGUUUCUUAUUCUGGCACAACCCAGGAAUCAAUCCAAGCAACACUUUCAUGUCUCAGUAACAGUGCAGGACUAUUUUCUAUGUACAGAAGCAUUUUUUUUCUUAUCUAAAAUACUAACAGCGAGGAAAUAUGGAAUUCCUAUCCUGUGUAAAUACACAAAUAAAGCAUCAUCUUCUCA